AUGCAACUGCAUGAGAUUCUGCCUGCCUAUGAACAUCUCUCAUUGACUACAAGCUUAGUCGUCUCUUCCAAUUAUUUGAAGUCUUGGUACCUACUAGUACCGUCACUCGGAAGUUCCGAACUCCUUCCUAUGAAUGCCGAUCAAGCUUGUAACAGUAUCCACGGUACUGCUACCAACUAUGAAGGAACCAUCAGCGUAUCGGAAAAGCUGGCUGCUGUUAGCAUAAGGGAUGAAAUGAGUACGCCAGUUUAUGUCAUUUAG